CGCGGUGCGCUGCGAGCGGCUUGUGUGAGGCGGCGGCAAGAUGGCGGCGGCGGCGGCAGCUGGAAGUGGGGGGAGUCCUGCGCUGUCCUCGGGAGGGGAAGAGCCACCAGCGGGCCCCGAGUCGCCGGCAGAGGAGGCGGUGUCAGCGGGGCCGAGCGCGGGGUUCCGGCUGACGGCGGUGCGGAGGGAGCCGGCCGUGCGGCUGCAGCACGGCGUGAGCGGGCUGGAGCCGCUGGCCUGGUCUGAGGACCACCGGGUGUCGGUGAGCACGGCCCGGAGCAUCGCCGUGCUGGAGCAGCUCAGCGACAUUCACAGCGGCGGGCAGGAGCUGGUCAUCCACCGCACGGCCGUGCCCGCGCCCGCCGCCGGCUGCCUGCUCAAGGUUGGUUCAAAAAAGGAGGUUGCAGAAUGUAAGGAAAAGUUUGCAAACUCUAAGGAUCCAACUGUUAGUCAAACCUUUAUGCUAGAUAGAGUAUUCAACCCUGAAGGAAAGUCACUACCACCUAUGCGAGGAUUCAAAUAUUCCAGCUGGUCUCCGCUGGGUUGUGAUGCUAAUGGAAGAUGCCUUCUAGCAGCUCUAACAAUGGACAAUAGAUUAACCAUCCAUGCUAAUCUCAACAGACUACAGUGGGUGCAGCUGGUUGAUCUGACAGAAAUGUAUGGGGAGCGUCUGUAUGAAACCAGUUACAAACUUUCUAAGGUUGAGACCCCCAGAGGAGAACUAGGGGACUUUGCAGAAUUUCAGAGACGACAUAGCAUGCAGACUCCAGUCCGUAUGGAGUGGUCAGGUAUCUGCACCACCCAGCAGGUGAAACACAACAAUGAAUGCCGAGAUGUUGGCAGUGUGCUCCUAGCCGUACUCUUUGAAAAUGGAAACAUUGCUGCUUGGCAAUUUCAGCUUCCUUUUGUGGGUAAGGAAUCCAUCACUUCUUGCAAUACCAUAGAGUCAGGAAUAAAUUCCCCUAGCGUCUUGUCUUGGUGGGAAUACGAACACAACAACCGAAAGAUGAGUGGACUCAUUGUAGGGAGUGCUUUUGGACCGGUUAAAAUCCUUCCUGUCAACUUAAAAGCAGUUAAAGGCUACUUCACACUCAGGCAACCUGUUGUCUUAUGGCAAGAAAUGGACCAGUUGCCAGUACACAGUAUCAAAUGUAUUCCUCUCUACCAUCCUUACCAGAAAUGUAGCUGUAGCUUAGUGGUGGCUGCAAGAGGGUCUUAUGUGUUUUGGUGUCUUCUCUUGAUAUCCAAAGCAGGUCUGAAUGUCCAUAAUUCCCAUGUGACAGGGCUUCACUCUUUACCAAUUGUAUCCAUGACUGCGGAUAAACAGAAUGGCACAGUAUACACAUGCUCAAGUGACGGAAAGGUAAGACAACUCAUUCCCAUCUUCACAGAUGUUGCAUUAAAGUUUGAGCAUCAGCUUAUUAAGCUGUCUGAAGUGUUUGGCUCUGUGCGGACUCACGGGAUAGCUGUAAGCCCCUGUGGCGCAUACCUAGCAGUUAUUACAACAGAGGGCAUGACCAAUGGCCUUCACCCUGUAAACAAAAACUAUCAAGUUCAGUUUGUAACUCUCAAAACAUUUGAGGAGGCAGCUGCUCAGCUCUUGGAGUCUUCUGUGCAAAAUCUUUUUAGACAAGUGGACCUGACAGACCUUGUGCGCUGGAAGAUUUUGAAGGAUAAGCAUAUCCCUCAAUUCUUACAAGAAGCCUUGGAUAAAAAGAUUGAGAGCUGUGGAUCCACUUACUUUUGGCGUUUUAAGCUAUUCCUUUUGAGAAUUUUGUACCAGUCAAUGCAGAAAACGCCCUCUGAGGUGAUGUGGAGGCCUUCGCAUGAGGACACAAAAGUAUUAAUAUCGGAUUCCCCUGGAAUGGGCAGUACUGAGGAUGAUCAUCAAGAAGAGGGAACUUCAAAACAGGCCAGCAAGCAGAGUUUGUGUGAAGUGAGCAAAGGAACAGACCCAGAUGACCCAGCAGAUGAUACUCUUGCCCACUCAAGUGACGUAGGAGGACAUGAGCCAAUGGAAGAGAAGCUCCUUGAAAUACAGGCACGAAUUGAAGCAGUAGAAAUGCACUUGACACGGGAACACAUGAAGCGGGUGUUGGGAGAAGUUUACUUGCAUACAUGGAUUACAGAGAACACCAGCAUUCCUACCAGAGGAGUCUGUGAUUUCUUAAUGUCUGAUGAAGGCUAUGAUGACAGAACAGCACGAGUGCUGAUUGGACAUAUCUUAAAGAAAAUGAACAAACAGACUUUCCCAGAGCACUGCAGCUUGUGUAAAGAGAUCCUCCCAUUCACAGAUCGCAAACAGGCGGUCUGCUCCAACGGCCACAUUUGGCUCAGGAAAAUAAAAGGAAAUCAAAUGGCUUAUAGCUUUUCGGAUGGGAGGAUGAAAGAGGAAAAAGUGCUUUUUAACCUACCAGUCCUGCCAGAGUUUGGUAUACAGAAGGUGUCUGCUUCAUGACAGCAUUGCACGGCAUCCAACCCCAGAAGAUCCUGAAUGGAUCAAGAGGUUAUUGCAAGGACCUUGUACUUUCUGUGAUUCUCCUGUGUUCUAGAGAAAGCUGUGGGAAGCUUGAAGACAUUUUCUCUACUGCAUAAAACUCCAUUCAGCCUGGAAGGAGGCAGAAGGUGCAGGAGUAUAUCCAUUGUACUGAAGGAAGAAGACACUGUUCCUAAUCCUGUAAAUAGAACACUUGAAGUUCAAGAAGCUCAGUAGUGUAGUGACCCAUUUCAUACUCCAGAAACGAGAGCAUCCUCUGAAUACCGAGCACAAUGGAGUUUAUGGAACGAUUUUGAGGCAACCACGGACCCUGUUAAAGCAUCAGCAUUUGAUUGGAUACAUUUCCUUUUAUUGAAAGAUCAGAAAUCUGAGAAGCAGGCAGCCUGAACUCUGUCUCUGGUGCAAACUGGAUGCUUUUCUCAAGGGUGAGAGCAUCCCGAUCUGGCAGAAUGCAGGAGGCAAUUCUUGAACAGGCUUGGUGGGAAGAGAGGGCUUCAGUCUGCAGUGCUCCUUUGUUUGCUUAAUCAGUACUGGCACUCGCUGUACCACAGAACAUUAAACUAUCAGAAAUAA